AUGAAUAUCCUUUAUUUUAUUUAUUAUUUACUGAUUAUUCAACUCCUUGAAUUAUCAUCAUCAUCAUCAACUGGUUAUUUACUUGCACUUUCUAACACAUCAUUUAUUUAUUCUCGAUUCAGUUCUACAAGUCAUCAUGAAUAUGAAACAAGUUAUGAAGUUAUACUUAUCAAUCGAUACAUGUCAAUGGAAGUUAUAGACAAAGUGUUAAAUCACAUAAAUGAUUGUUAUCAAUAUUCAGUAGAUACUGAAAGUGAAAUGUCAAACAACGAAUUAUCCAUUAUACAAUUUCAUACAAUUCCUCGUACAUUACCAUCACAAGUACUUAUUAUCGAAUUAUCACAACUGCCAAAUCGAGAAUCUCACUUAUCACGUAAUGAAAUAUACUCAUGGGGGAACAUGAACCUCGAACUUGAAUCAGCAAAUUAUUUAUUCGCAUGGCCAAUAACAUCAGAAUUAAUUAAUCUUCAGCCGCACUUUGCUGAUAAAACAAACACCUUGUCGCAUUGGUCAUAUGGCCUAACUUCAAUUGGUUCAUCAUUAACACAAGCACAGCGUACAAGAAUGAUAAAUUAUGCUAAAUACGAUGUGAUGGCAGUAACCUAUCUCAUCAGACCAAUUACUGAACAAUGGUCGUUUACAAGAACAAAAGAAUCAAGCAUUGAAGAAAUGUUUAUUACAUUUCAAUCAAUACGACCACCACCAUUACGUCAACAAAAAUCGAAAAAGAAGAAAAAAAAUAUUAAUAUUCAAAAAUUGUCGAAAAUAUUUACAUCCAUUCAGGAUCCUGAUUAUGAAUUAAUUUCAUCAGAUGAUGAGAUAUAUUUAAAUCAAUUAAUUGAACCAAAUGAUUAUAAAAAUGAACAAGAUAAUAAUAAUAAUAAUAAUAAUGAUAAUAAAAUUAAUUUAUUACAAGAUCAAAUCGAACCAAUUGAUGCUGAUUAUAUACUAAUUAUUAAUGAUGAUGAACCAAUUGAACGAAUUCAACAACAAGAACCUGAACCAGUUAAUGAUAAUUUAUUAAAUG